GUGAGGGGAAAGAGCGCUAGCUUCACUUCAUCUCCAGAUUCCAACAUCAGCAGGACUUGAGAGCAUCUGACCUUCUGGAAUUCGGAACAAGCGAAGAAGAUUCUUUGGGCUGUAAAGAUGAAGAGCCUACUCCUCCUGGUGCUGAUUUCAGUGUGCUGGGCUGAUCAUCACUCGGACAACUACACUCUAGAUCAUGAUAGAUUUAUUCAAAUCCAAGCAGAAAAUGGCCCUCGUCUACUUGUGGAAGCAGAACAAGCCAAAGUGUUCUCACACAGAGGUGGCAAUGUCACACUGCCAUGUAAAUUUUAUCGAGAUCCCAGAGCAUUUGGCUCAGGAACCCACAGAAUCCGAAUUAAGUGGACCAAGCUAACUUCAGAUUACCUCAAGGAAGUGGAUGUGUUUGUUUCCAUGGGAUACCAUAAGAAAGCCUAUGGAUGCUAUCAGGGUAGAGUGUUUUUGACGGAAGGCAGUGACAACGAUGCUUCGCUCAUAAUCACAGACCUGACGCUGGAGGAUUAUGGGAGAUAUAAGUGUGAAGUGAUUGAAGGAUUAGAAGAUAAUGCUGCUGUGGUAUCAUUAGAGUUACAAGGUGUGGUGUUCCCUUACUUUCCUCGACUGGGGCGCUACAAUCUCAAUUUUCAUGAGGCCCGGCAGGCUUGUAUGGACCAGGAUGCUGUGAUUGCUUCCUUUGACCAGCUGUACAAUGCGUGGCGGGGCGGGCUAGAUUGGUGCAAUGCUGGUUGGCUCAGCGACGGAUCUGUGCAAUAUCCCAUCACAAAACCCAGAGAGCCUUGUGGGGGGCAGAACACAGUGCCUGGCGUCAGGAACUACGGGUUUUGGGAUAAAGAUAAAAGCAGAUAUGAUGUUUUCUGUUUUACAUCCAACUUCUAUGGCCGUUUUUACUACCUGAUCCACCCCACCAAGCUGACCUAUGACGAAGCGGUGCAAGCUUGUCUCAAGGAUGGUGCUCAGAUUGCCAAAGUGGGCCAGAUAUUCGCUGCCUGGAAACUGCUUGGCUACGACCGCUGCGACGCGGGCUGGCUGGCGGACGGCAGCGUCCGCUACCCCAUCUCCAGGCCCAGAAGGCGCUGCAGUCCCACCGAGGCGGCCGUGCGCUUCGUGGGCUUUCCAGAUAAAAAGCAUAAGCUGUACGGUGUCUACUGUUUCCGAGCAUACAACUGAGCGUGCCUCCAGAGCGCAUCAAAGGCAGAGAAGCAUGUGAAAGGUUUUUCGUUUGUUUGUUUUCAAGAUGAACUCAUGCAAGUUACCAAAACUGUGAUAACCCUUUUUUUACUUACUGUAAAGAAUCAUUUUCAUACAGAUCAAUUCGUUAAUUUGUUUUUUUGUAAAGCUAUCAUUCAAUAUAUAUUAUAAAUUAAUAUAAUUUUAAAGGAAGCGCUAUGUCAGGAGGCUGUAGAGCCCAGCUGUUUAGGCUACAUCUCCACCAAGUAUUUUUUCUGUGACUGGGGCAUGCAAUAGCUUGAGGGUGCUAGAGUUAGAAUUAUGGAAAGUAAAGCUACUCACAGCAGCAGCUUCCACAAGCACAAAUUUUACACAUUUGUACAAUUUUGAAGUGCACUAUUACACACAAAUUAGAGGAAACAGAUUUCAAACAUAGGCUUCUUUUCAUAAACGAAGAUUCUGAGAGGUUGCUCAAAACUCAGUUUCAAAGGGAACAAUAUACACAACUUUCUAAAACUUACUAUUUCCAGUCUCCAACAGACUCUUUAGAAUCCUGCCUUUGUGACCAAAAA